AUUUUAUCAGAGCUACUGGUAGCCAUCAUUCCUCCUCGGUCUCUAACCAAGCUCUUCACCCACCUCUCUCAUGGCCACCCCAUCCCCAUCUAGAGCCAUGUUGUGGCACAUUGCCUUGGUCAUGGUUGUGCUCUUCUCUCUUCAAUGUCUGUCUCUGGGGAAACUUCAUGUAGGCUUUUACUCCAAUUCAUGCCCAAAUGCUGAGUCCAUUGUCAGCUCAGUUGUGAAGGAGGCUUCCUCCUCUGACCCCACUAUACCUGCAGCUCUACUCAGGCUCCACUUCCAUGACUGCAUUGUUCAAGGUUGUGAUGCAUCAAUACUGAUUGAGAAGCCAGAUUCUGGACAACCAGAGAAGCAGGCACGGAACCAUGCCGGGCUGCGAAGCCUCGAUGUGAUAGACCGAGCAAAAGCUCAGUUGGAAGGUGAAUGCCCGGGCGUGGUCUCCUGUGCAGACAUAAUAGCCCUCGCAGCUCGCGACUCCGUUACUCUGAGUCAAGGACCAAUUUAUGCAGUCCCCACUGGCCGAAGAGAUGGUCUGGUUUCUAGUGAAAGUGAUGCAGCAAACAUGCCUGAUGUCCAUGAAUCAGUCGCGGUGCUAAGAAAAAAAUUCGCAGAGAAGGGCCUUUCAGAAAAAGAUCUAGUGGUGCUUAGUGGGGCGCAUACAAUUGGUACAACAGCAUGCUUCUUCAUAGAACGACGGCUCUAUAAUUUUUCUAGUGGCGGUGGAUCAGAUCCAACCAUAAAUCCUCAGUUCCUUCCUGAGCUCCAGUCCCAGUGUCCCAAUGGAGGAGACGUCAAUGCUCGAUUACCCCUCGACCGAGGGAGUGAAAGAAUUUUCGACAGUCAGAUACUAAGCAACAUCCGAUCGGGGUUCGGAGUGAUAGAAUCUGAUGCAAAGCUCUACAAUGAAGCAUCAACCAAGGUGAUCAUUGACUCUUACUUCGACUCAAUGAAUUCGAUCUCGGGGUCAUCCUUUGAAUCCGACUUCGCCAAGUCGAUAGUGAAGAUGGGAAAGAUUGGUGUGCUCACAGGGACUGAAGGAGAAAUCCGGCGAGUAUGUUCGGCUUUUAACUGAUGUUUGUGCAAUGGUCUGCCUCUACAUGUAAUGUCUGUGCAAAUUCCUCAAAAAGAUGUGGGUGCAAAUGAAUGAUAUGCAGUUCUUAUA